AUGGGCGUGUGGUGCUCAUGUUUUUUUAACUCUGCGAGGAGAUCUGGGGAGGACCUGGUUGAGACGUCUUCAUCGACCUCGGAGCUGCCCACUGACUCGCCACAGUCGUCAGACUCUGUUGAAAGUCUGCUGCCUCCUCCAGUCGUAAGGCAGCGCAGAGAGAUUCUGCAGUCAGUGCGGAAAUUGUUGCACUGUGUGGGAGGCUGUGAGUCCACCUCUCCUCGCAUCGUUCCCAUCACAGACACUUCAUCUACACCCUCCUUACUGGCCUUACAGAAAAUGUGA